UUAUCAACGUCAAUUAAGAGUUCGUAUUAUCAGGUACGGAUUUUUAAGCCGCCGCUUCGUAUCUCAAUGCUUAUCUGAGUAUUGUGUAUUACCAAUCGUAACAAAUAAUUUGAUUUUAAUUUCAAUGACAAGGGCAAGCUUUACCGCUGUGAAAUUUUAAGAACGAAAAACAUGCUGCCGACAUGCUUGAAAAAUCGUAUAAUACAAUGGUUAGAAGAUCAUCGAGAAUUUGUCGUUUGCGCAUUCUGCCUGCCGGCCAGCUUCCUCUUCACCCUUUUUCUGCACUUAAGAGCCUUCAUACGGAAACUAAGUAGCGACCCACAGAGACAUGACAGUGCGGUGAGCGAGAUACAAUCCGCGGUUCAGAAAUGGAACAGGCUACCAUCGAAGAAUCGCCGUCUUCUUUGCACAUCCAGACCCAACUGGCUCUCACUUUCCACGACAUUCUUCCAAAAGCACUUACACCACAAAGUUGCGAUCCCCCUGUACGACAUCUUGGAGCUGGAUGAAAGGGCCAUGACGGUCAGAGUUGAGCCCAUGGUGACGAUUGGAGAUAUAACAGAGUAUUUGAUACCUAAGGGGUACUCCUUGGCUGUUACGAUUGAAUUAGAAGAUGCUACUUUGGGAGGUCUAGCUCUCGGAACCGGCAUGUCGACACACUCGCAUAAAGCAGGUCUCUACCACGAAACGAUAACAAGCUACGAGGUCGUUCUAGGCGACGGUUGCCUCGUGACCGCUACAGCGGAGAACGAAUACUCAGAUCUCUACAAAGCCCUCCCUUGGUCUCACGGCAGUCUGGGAUUCCUCGUUGCGUUGACAUUGAAAAUCGUAAAAAUCAAACCUUAUAUAAAAAUAAAAUACACACCGGUUGAAGGACAAAAGAAUUACUGCGAUAUGGUAAGGGAUCUAUCCGGAGCUAAUGAGGCCACACCAAGUUACCACCCAGACUACAUAGAGGCUACCAUAUUUAGCGCCGACAAGGCUGUCAUUAUGACUGGGGAUUAUUCUGACUACGACAGAAAGGUCACAGUGAACCAUUGCUCAAGAUGGUACAAGCCAUGGUUCUACAAACAUGUCGAAUCAUUCCUGGAGAGGGGCGAAGGUGUUGAACUAAUACCAUUGAAAGAUUAUUUGCUACGCCACAAUAGACCUAUAUUUUGGGUUGUCGAAGAUAUGAUUUCAUUUGGAAAUCAUCCAUUAUUUAGACUACUCUUUGGGUGGCUAUUACCUCCAAAACCAGCAUUUCUCAAGUUCACGACAACACCAGGCGUCCGAGCUUAUACUUUCACGAAACAAGUCUUCCAAGACAUUGUCCUCCCACUACAGGAAUUAGAAAAGCAAAUUGCCAUUGCGAGCAAACUGUUCGAGAAGUUUCCUCUACUGGUGUAUCCGUGUAAAAUUAUCGAUCACGGUCCACUGUCUGGUCAACUGGGUCGACCUCACAGCAAAUACUUAGUACCGAGUACUAGUUACGCAAUGUAUAACGAUUUAGGUGUUUACGGCGUUCCCGGUAAAGUGAAGGACAAGAAGCCAUACAACCCCGUGAAAGCUAUGAGAGAAAUGGAGAAGUUCACUCGCGAUGUCGGCGGCUAUUCGUUCCUUUACGCAGACAUAUUUAUGACAAGGAAAGAAUUUGAUGCAAUGUUUGAUUUGACACUUUACGAGGUUGUCAGAAUGAAAUAUAACGCGGAAGGAGCGUUCCCGCAUCUUUAUGAUAAGAUCAAGCCUGAAAUCGAUGUGAUUGCGAUUGGUGAAGAAAAUGUUAUAAAAGGCUAAGCCCAUUUAAGAAAUAUAUUUUUCACUAUUUUAAUAUACUUUAAAUGUUUUUGUUUGUUAUUAACAGUAACAGCUUAUAGACAUCCAAUUGGCCAAAGCUUACCUCGGCUGUUCGUGGAUAUAUAUCGAGAAUGAAAUA